UGGAGUGGGGAUCAUUCGUUCAUCUUCGAUAAAGCUCGGCUCUCUUCGGAAAUUCCAAAACUUGAAAGCAAAGAACUCACUCCACACUGUCAGUUAGUGAGUGAGUUGAGUCGCCAGUCAGAACGUCAGAACUAUUUCUUGCGCGCGUGUAGUUGACUGACUGCGCUCAGCGCGAAAUACAUGAUGUAUUCUAUUGGUGAUCUUCGUUUGUGAUCAGUGAUUGUUGUGCCUUUUUCGAAAUCUUUGGACUUGUGCGCGAAUUUUUUUUCGAGAUCCGAAAAUGAGUGAAAACUGUUCUCAGAGAAUUUCGCCAAAAGACAGUUGGAUGCAAAACUUGAACUAUACGCCGAGUGUGGCAACCCCAGCGAUAGGUUUGCAAGGAACUACGUCCAAUGAUUCUCAACAUAACAGACAACCUGUCAUCAGAAAACGCCAGAAAAAAUAUUCUUCGAGGGUGACAAGCACAACCUAUCAAGCAACUCAGGAUCCAAGAAUGCGGGCCAUUUCCCAGUCCUUGCCAGGCCCUCCAAUUUUUAGUGGGCAUUUGAAAAACGUAGUCUCAUCGCGUCCUCACAUUGCAAGAAAUGAAAGCACUGUAAUGCAUGAGGGCAUGGAGAUUUCUUGCAUCGAUCUAACUGGAGACGAAACAGACGACAACACAAAUGAACUACCUGAAAACGCGAUGCCACAGUCUGAAGUGAUUGACCAAAAGCCGCCGAUUGAAACUUUGAAUCCACGUCCAACGAUCUCUGAUCAUAAUAAUUCUUGGAAAUCGUUUAUAUCAGAGCGUUUGCCGAACAUUACAGUCAUCCCCAUAGACAAUCCUAGUACGACGGACGCGAUUUACUCUCCUGCGCAUCCGGUUAACACUGGAAUUGGGGACCAGAGUACGCCAAGUGCAGCUCUGCUUCUAUCCAUCAUUUCUUCACUACUUCGGUGGCGCGAUUGUCGUUCAAGUGUGCCGCAACCGGCAAUGGAAAGAGAGAAUGGCGAACGAGCGCCAUCAAACGAAAGAGCAGAUCAGCCUCAAGUUGAACCGGCCAACCUCCUUGAUGCUGCCGCUAUCUUUGGUGCUUCGAGCCACCCGCUUUUCGGAGCGAUGCCUGGCGCGUACGGACAUCCGCUGUCGAGUGCGUAUGGCGCUAUGAUGGGUGCAGGUGCCCGUGCGGGGGCGGGAGCGAGUGCCGCAUUUCCCCCGCCGACCACCAGCACUUACGGCACGCUCAGUGUGGCUGCCAGUCAGGCUGCCAGUCUCGGUCUCAAUUCGGCCAGUGCAGCAUGGUGGACAAUGGCGAGCCACUUGGCUGCCCAGGACUACCUGGCGAGAGUGCAGGCUGUCCAGGCUUCAGCUGCAGCCUCCUUCCCAGGACUACCCACACCAGAGAGCCUCCUGCCGGGCUACCAGAUGGUCACUCAUCCCUCCCAGCCUCAUAAACUGCCCAACAAAAAUUCAUCGAAUAGUGAGAAACGUUCAUCCAAGAACCAAUCUUCCAUAUUCCCACCACCGUUGGGCGCUUCAGUUGGUCACCGUGAACGAGAACGAGAGAGAGAGCGCAACCGGGAGAGAGAACGUGAGAGAGAACGAGAGCGCGAGCAAGAACGCGAACGUGAACGCGAACGUGAACGCGAACGUGAACGCGAACGCGACAGAGUCAGGCAACGAGAACAAGAAGAGUUAGAGCGUAUGGCCAUGCAAGUCAGCGCCUUGACUGCUCCUCCUUCAGUGCAUGGCGAGCAAAGCAUCUUGGGAGGAGUGCGUCUUCCGCCGGAUACAGAGAUUAUCAAAUAUACGACCAGUGCUAUUGGCCCGAAAGUACCGGGAACCACCAACAGAGGGCGCAAGAAAACCAUUUCGCUGGACCCUCCUUCAGUCAGCGUCAUGCCUACUCUCUCUUCUACCGGCCUUGUCAUCGAGAGGAAAAAUAAACAGCCGUUGUCGGACCCAGAGUCUGAAAUAAGAGAUAGCAAAUAUCCGAGAUUGAGUCACGAUAAACCAAUUGAACCGGCGCACAACUACUAUAAGAGUGAUUUGCCUGAUCGUGUGGAAGUGAUCAAGCUUCCCAGUGCAGUGAGCAAUGGUCGAGCCACUCCAGUUAACUACGCAGGCGCAGAAAUGGAUGCUCCUCUCAAUCUUUCAUUGAAGCCAUCCUCGUCUUCUGUUCCUUGCAAUAAUAACGCACUUCAGUCGCUGUCAUCUUUAUCCCAGUCUCUGGGUACUCCGCCUCCCGAUAGAGUUUCUCGCCGAAAGCCAGGACCAAAACCUCGAAGAGUGACUCCGUCCCCACUUCCCCUCCAGCAACCGGCUGGGCCAAAUGUCCAGGGGCUCAUGAACUUGAUCACUGCAGCAGAAAUGGUAAUGGCUAAUGAUGACAGUGAAACUCAUCAUAAGGAUGGUCGUCCUAGAAAUCUGGGAAGAGGUGUUUCAAAGCCUAAGAAAAACACGGUUGCUUCUCUCCUGGCUCAGAGUAGAGCAUUGGGAGUCAAGCCAGGAAUUGAUCUCAACUCUCCAUUGAAUCACCAGGUCUCCUUGCUCAACUCAAAACUGCUGCAACAAUCCACUUCCACUGGAACAGAAAAUGAUGGGAAGAAUAAGAAUGAUGAACAGUCUCUGCCAUUAGCUCUGGCCUCGACAUCCUCUUCUGCAUCCCAAAUUUACGCAGACGAUGCUGAAAAACAUAAGAAGAAUUCGGAGGAGUCACAGGCAGAUGUUGGGAGUGAUGGGACCAUCUCCGUUGGGGGACCAGAAUGUUUCAUCAACGAGGGAGGUCUCAGUGACAAUGAAUCGGAUAUCGAAAUCGAUGCAACUGGUAUUAGAAGGAAACGCACAAUUUCAGAAAGGGAUGGGGCUUCAUGGGCGGGUUGGGGGCAUUGUAAUUUCUUUAAUUAUAAGAAGAUUUGUAUUUUGUGUGAAUUUUAUAUUCAUAAAUCAUGUUUUCAGUUCUUGGAGCAGAACGGAAUAUCUGAUUUCAAAAGACAAAACUUCUCCUUCAAUAAGAAGGAUUUCCUUGGGGACGUCUUACAAUAUGAUGAAGUAAAUGACGCUUUCAAAAAGAACAUGAGGCCUGACACCGAGGAUGUCGAAAUGGAAGUGGAAGAUGCUAUGGCCUUCAGACUAGUCAAAGAACAGGAGAGAUUGGAGAAAGCCGAAGCACUGAAAAAAGAGAAGGAACAGAGAGCAUUGCAGCAGAACGAGGGCCGGAAACGACUAGUAUUCACUAGUGAACAAAAAUGGGCGAUUAUACAUGAGAUCGAGGCUGGCAAAAGCAAAUCGGAUGUGAGUCGGGCCUUGGGCCUAGCAACGUCCACUGUCGCCACUAUUUGGAAAAACAGAAACUGUGUGCAGCCUAGUCAAGGGGCGAAACGCAAAAGGCAGGAAGAGCUAGAGAAAUUAAAAGUGGAGGAGCAAAUGAGAAAACAGCAGGAACGAGAAUUGAAACGACAGCAGGCUGCUAUUCUUAAAGAACAAGAAAGGGAAAGACGCCGACAGCAUAUGACUUAUGUGAAAGCUCUUGAUGCUCGUAAAAGAAUGGAAGAACGCGAGAGACGUAAGCAAGAAGUGAGAGCCGAGAAAUUGGCUUCGAGAGAGAAAAUUUUGGAGCAACGUAGAAUUGAUAUGGAAAUUCUGAAUGAACUGAGGAAACCAGUAGAAGACAUGGAGCUGAUUGAAGCAAAGCCUCUUCCCAGGCUUGAGAGGAUCCCUGGUCUGAAGCUGAGUGGCCAAGCUUUCGCUGAUACUCUCAUGAUUUUCGAAUUUCUACAUAACUUUGGCGAAACAUUGGGAUUUGACAUGGGCAGUCUCCCAACUUUGAAAAGUUUGCAGAAAGCCCUUCUUGGGGAUGAAGUGGCCGAAGAAGAACUGCUGUCAGUCAUGACUCAUCUCAUAAUUUGUGCGAUUGAAGAUCCCGGAAUCCCAAAUCCAGCAAGACACACAACUCUUCUGGGCCAAAGCCUCAAACAAGCUGACAUCUCCCAUGCGAACAUCUCUGAGAUAUUCAGGAUAUAUUUGUACGCCAAUGCUACAGGAGAGGUCAAGGCUUUAACAGGUCAUGCGUUCGAGAGAGACAGAGAGAAGCGGAUGUCUGAUCAUCACAAUAAUAUGAGUGAAAAUGGCGAAGAUGGCUUGAAAGUCUGUGAAAAGGGCAAGAACGCAGCAUUCUUUGUUGCUUUGCGAGAAAACAAUACAUAUCGCAUGUCGGAGUGGUUGAAGAAGAAGCCAUUUUUAGCACUGAAUGCCACUCAGAAAGCGGCAAUACUCGGUUUCCUUUGUCACGAGCUUCUUCAGAAUAAAGCAGUCACCAAGCAAAUCGACAGUGCCAUUGACACUGUGGCUCAUCUCAGACGAGAGCGCUGGAACACCGAAGCAAAAGUUCGCAAAUUGAAGCAUCUAAUGAACAAGAAGUCGAGGCAAAAUGCCAUGUCGAUGGUUGGCGGUAGAAUGCUGGAAGGGGCUGAUGCCGAGGAAGCGGGGCCCUCCAAAGAUCAAGAUGACGAUGAUGUGGAAGAAGUGGAGAGUGGCAACGAAAGCGAAGGAACCCAGCCAGAAGAGGAUGAAGACAAGAAGCUGACACUUGAAGAAAUGGCCAGGAAGCUAGAGCGCCUAAACAAGGCAACAGAAAUGAAUCUGCAGGCGCUGAAGACAUCAAAUGGGCAGCUGCGAUCGAACUGCUAUGGCCAGGACAGGUUCUGGCGUCGCUACCACUGCUUCCCCAGUGCAGGCGGACUCUAUGUUGAAGGAAUGGAAAGCGCAGAGCCUGAACUAUUCGAAGAAAUGGAGGAGAAAGAUAAGGAGGGAUCAGAAAUAUCGGACGAAAAGCCAGUAUUGACAGCCGAGGGGAGAACGAGAACAGAUGAUGAAACCAGUGGCUUAUCCGAAAUGCCAGUACUGACACCCAUGAAAGAUGAUUUCGAUGAUAAGAUGAUGGACUUGGACGAUAUGUCGAUCAAGAAAGAUGACGAAUUUCAAAAGCAAAUUAAGCAGGAAUUAAUUGAUCCAGCAGAAGAAGGAGAUGAACGGAUGGAAGAGUGUGAAGACGAACGUAUGGAUGAAACUGUAUGUGCAGAACCACAAAAUAUAGAUGUUCAUCAUAUUCAGUUACAACGUAUGGAGGCACAACGCAUGGAGGCACAACGUAUGGAGGCACAACGUGUGGAAGAACAACGUAUGGAGGAACAACGUAUGGAGGAGCAACGUAUGGAGGAAGAGAUACACCCAAUGUGUGUUGAGAAAGCUUCAUCCACCGACCUCACAAUAAGCACUGUUGAUGCUGAAAUUGCAUUCUUCGCAAUCAUUCCACGUUCACCCUGUGAUGACCACACAAUCACCACUACACCAACAGGAAUCAGAUACGGCAAUGAAGUCAACAGUGAGCUGCGAAUUCCACAAUUUCCGGCACCUCCCAGUUCACCAUCAAGCUCGCAGUGCGAUUCUCCAUUACCAGCUCCUUUGGCUUUGUCCCAAGAAGAAAGUAUGGCUUUGGAGUACUACAAACUCCAUGGCUGUCCACCGUUCUGUUCACUACAGCCUGUUCCACCUGAUUUGCGUAGAGGUUGGUGGAAGAUUACUAACGAAGACGCUUUGAUGACAUUGAUUUGUCGCUUGGAUCCAAAAGGUGUCCGUGAAAGGGAAUUGAAGCGAGCCUUCACGAAAAAUAUGUACGAGGUCAAUUGGAGGAAAACCCUUCUGCUUUCCAUGUUCCCAUACUCACAUUCUGCGGUUGAUCUAUCGGACCCGGAUGAAGAAGGAGAUUUGCCCGAUACACCUCCUGAGAGGGAUGCUGCCGAUUCAUGGAACUAUGACGUGGCUCUUCGUGUCGACAUGGCCGUUUUGGAACAAGUAGAAGUCAUGGAAGACAAAGUUGCUAAUGCUAGCAUGCAGAUUAAGGGUUGGAAAGUUCCAUCAAGAGCUAGCACAGAAGAAGGAGCCAUUUUCAAGCCGGUUUGCAGCCCUCCUGAUGAACCUGGCAUUAAUCCAGUUGCUCUUGCCAAAGAACGUCUGCUUUCAUUGGAAGCUGCCAUUGAAAGAAGAUACUUGAAGCCUCCUUUGGGCAUAAGGUUGUCUUUGGAUUGCAGCGCAGGCGAUGUUAACACAAGUUGCGAAUCAGACUCGAUUCCGAAAGGCCUGGUUGUGUGGCGUGAGGCAGUAGCCAAGGCUCAGUCCUCGGCCCAGUUGUCGAUGGCUCUUAUCAUGCUAGAAGCAUCCAUUGCUUGGGACAAGUCCAUCAUGAAAGCCAACUGCCAGUUUUGUCACAGUGGAGAUAAUGAAGACAAGUUACUCUUGUGUGAUGGAUGCGACAAGGGUUAUCAUACUUAUUGUUUCAAACCCAAAAUGGAGAAUAUUCCAGAUGGUGACUGGUACUGCUACGAGUGUAUGAACAAAGCUACAGGUGAACGUGCCUGCAUUGUUUGUGGUAAGAAAAUCGGGCGCAACCUGGUUCUUUGUGAGCAUUGCCCCAGGGCCUAUCACACUGACUGUCUGCAACCUCCCAUCUCAAAGGUUCCUCGUGGGAAAUGGCACUGUCCCACUUGCCAGUCCAAGAUUCCCAAGAAGAAGAGCUCAACAAAACGCUCAGUUGACAAAUCAACAAACAUCAAUAGCACACAGGCCAGUCCUAGCGUCACCAACUCGUCUGAUGCUCAAAUCCUGAGUAUUUCAGAAGCUGCUAUCAGCUCUCCGGCCGAGGCGCCUUCUCCAGAUUCUCCACUGGCGCAUUUAGGUAGCAAGAAGAAAAAGCAGGAGAAAAGAGAACGCGAAAUGGCGCCAUGUCGUCAGCUGUUGGAAGAUCUCGAGGCUCACGAUGAAGCAUGGCCUUUUCUCCUGCCAGUCAACACAAAGCAGUUUCCUACCUAUAAGAAGAUCAUCAAGAAUCCAAUGGACCUGAGCACUAUCAAAAAGAGACUUCUCGAUUCUGGGUAUAAAUCCAGAGAGGAAUUCUGUGCUGAUGUUCGGCUGAUCUUCAACAAUUGUGAAACUUUCAAUGAAGAUGACAGCCCAGUGGGCAAAGCUGGACAUGGCAUGAGACUGUUUUUUGAAACACGUUGGGCUGAGCUUACCAAUCAGAAACCUCCUACUUUAUAGGUGAUUGUUUCAGGUUAUCAGAAAUCGAGUUAAGGAGUUUCCUCAGCUGUCCAGAAAGGUUGAUGUUUGUCAUAUUUGUAAAUUGAGAAAAAAUCUCAAUGUAAUUUCAGUGUUUUCUAUUCAAAUGAAUAUUGUGUGUCUUCAGCUGUAAAAUAUAUGUUUAAUGUAAAAUUUGGUGUAUUCGGAUUCAAUGGAGUCAGUAGUUUCUAAUAAUAUGUUCAAUGUUUAAUGGUAUGUGUGGCCAAUAUAAGGUUGUCAAAAUUGAUGUUGAGAUGAAGCUAUGACAUUAAUUUGCUUAAACAAAAUUCAAUAUUUUAUUCAAACGCUCUCUAAUUACCUUUCCACUAGCUUGCCAGAUUGUAUUGUUGGUUAAUAUUUCUUAGUUAUGCUUAUAUACCGCCUUGUAGCAUUUGAACGAUUUGAUUUUUUUCUUGCUCAUACUAUCAGGUAUAGUCAAUCAUUCCUAUGAAUAAGUGGAAACUGAAUGGGAGAAAGACCAUCAUAAAUAUGAAGAUUUCAGUUAACUUUCGAUUUCAUGGUAGAUAAGUAAUGAUUUAAUAUUCCAAAUAUAUAUCCUUCUUAGUUUCUCAGAUUAUCCAAAUAAUUGCGGGUUUAACUACA